AUGAUUUACUCAAAUAAUUUCUCCAUUCCUACUCGAUUAUCGCAACAGCAGCAGCAGCAGCAGCAGCAAGAUCCAUUGCUUCUUAGUGACAAAGAAGCGAGGAUAUUCGAUUCAAAUGAUAAACUUCUCCUACCAAGUUCGACACGUUCAGUUAAAAGACGCAUCAGUUUGUUAGAGAAGAGCCGAGAUUGGGCUAGACGCUUGAUAGCUCUUCAUAAGCCCCGUCGAAAUACGCUUUCUAACGAACAACACCGGAUGCCAUGCGCUGAAGCAAUUAGGAAAUCGCCUGAAAUUAAGCAAUAUCCUUCUUCUUCUUCUUCUUCGAAGUCGUUACAUAACUCUCAGAAGAAUUUUGAUGAAGAUGGUUAUCUAUCUCCAUUAGAGAUCAAAGCUAAAAUUGAUUUAAUUACACGACAAAAUCCUAAUCAUCAGUCGUGUUCGAAACUGCCACAUAGUUCGGAACCAUUAUCAACGAAUUCGCUGAGAAAGUCACAGGUUAUUUAUCGUUAUCAUGAUCCAAAUAUUUCAGCUGCAACAUUACCGAAUGCCAAUCAAGGAGAUAAACGUCUUCCUUCCACUUCAUUCGUAUCGGAAUUUCAAAAGUCUCUUUCGAUUGUUGAUUACAUUGACGAUGAUGUUGCUGAUGAGUCGUCGAAGCAAGACGAUGAUCCACUAGAUAGCGUGAAGUACUUGUUUGAUUAUGACGAACAACAGCAAGAGCAAGGACAUUUCACUCGUCGUCUACCACGUCGCACAACAAAUGUCUCAUCGAUCUCAACGGAUUCGGGUUACAGCGAUAUACCAGUUUCAACCCCAAAACUUGUUCCUAUACGUUUAAUUUCAUGUACAUUGAUACCGGUGAAUCUCUCGACCAUCCACGACACGAUAAAUACACGUUGUUUGACUUGUACAUGUCGUCCAUCAUCAUCCUUGUCGACGACAUGUUUAUCGAAUCAAUCCGAACGCAAGUUUUCUUCUUCGACAUCACGUUCGUACUUAUCUCGUCAAACAUUAGCUGAGAAUGGGAUUACUAAUCAGUGUACAUGUAAUCAAAAGUAUCAUUCGACUAUGACUAUUUAUCCAUCACUGCCGCCGCCGCCACCACCACCGCUUCCAAAGAAAUCACUCAUGAAAAUCAACGACUACAAAGAUGAGUACUAUUGCAGACAACAAGGUUUUCGAGAGAAUCGACGAACGAGUAUGAAAAGACUUCCCGCAACACCAACAGAUGAUUUAGCAGCGAUCUCUCGUUGGUAUAAGCCAUACUUAGAAAGGGAAGCCGUAUGUGAAGCUCUUCAACAAGCUGAUUAUGGUACAUUCAUACUACGCAAUAGUACAACCCAUGUCGAUUGUUAUGCAUUGUCGAUAAAAGUUCCGAAAUUUACACACGAAUCAAAUAUUGUUCAUUAUUUAAUCGAAAGGACGGUUACAGAUCAAACUCCUAGCUAUCGAAUUAAAGGAACGAUUAAACAAUUUCCAACACUUCUUUCGCUGAUCACUCAUCAUUCAGUCAUGCCAGAGAUUCUUCCAAUUACACUCAAUCUCAAUGAAUCAUUCACGAUUUGA